AUGUUCUUUGUAGACAUAUUCUUUCCAAACAUUAUUUCCAUACAUUUUCUUUCCAGACAUAUUCUUCCCAGAGAUAUUGUUUCCAGACAUAUUGUUUCUAGACAUAUUCUUCUUAGACAUAUUCUUUUCAAACAUAUUCUUUCCAGACAUAUUCUUUCCAGGCCUACACGAUCUUACACAGCAGCUCUCCUUGCACCAGCUUCUUCCUCUGGUACAUUUUCUCUUCUUUGCAAUGCUCUCCCCCCUCUCUCUAUCCAGCAGCUCUCCUCCCCUCUAUCACCAUCUUUUUCUCUUCGAUUAAAUCGCCCGGGAGCCUUGCGUUUUCUGGCUUGUGCUCUUAUUGCUUCACGGUGUUCCUGCAAUGCCUGUGAAUAUCUUUGCCUAUUAGCCCCACCCACCACAAUUGCAAAAAAAAAUAUUGAUAUCUGUCACUCUUUCUUUCUUUCUUUCUUUCUUUCUUUCUUUCUUUCUCACGCUCUUUCUCUCUCUAUAUAUUUGGGUUACUCUUUAUCUCUUUCUCUCUUAACUUUUGUCUUCGAUGUCUGUACCUCUAUCUCCUCAGCCCAUCGCUCUCUCUCUCUCUCUCUCUCUCUCUCUCUGUUCUUCUUUAACAUAUUUCUUACUCCCUCGGUGCCUGUAACCCCUCUCACUUUCUCUGUUACUGUUUUGUUUUUUUUUCUCUUUCCCAUACUCCCUCUCACUCUCUCUUUUUCACCAUCUUUUCAAUUCUUUCACUUCUCAAUCGAAAUUUUUAACUUUCUCUCUCAGCUGCUUUAG